AUUUUUCGCAAGGAAUUCCUGGCCCCUCUAAAACACUAGGUGGAGCGUGAUUACAAAGUGGACAAGGAACACAGGCUGGUCCUGCUAAUUGGGUUCUGCCUCAAAGUGUCACUGGUAAUGUUCCUCAAGUAUUACCCGAGGAGUUGGUGGAAGUGAUUGAACGGCGUAAAACCUGUUUUUCAGAAGUCUCUGGGCUAGGUCGGGUUAAAGGCUAUGUAAUGGAUAUCCCUUUGGCGACUGGUGCUACUCCUAUAUGAAGCAAAUCUUCUAGGAUGACUUGGCAAGAAGAGACUGCUUUGGAUGCUUACCUUGAAGAGCUAUUGGACUUGCACAUUAUCAAAGCUUCGAAGGGCUUAUGGACUAGCCCAUGCUUCUUUAUUCUAAAGAAGAAUAGUACCUUGCGUCUUGUUAUUGAUUAUCGGCGACUACUAGCUGUGCUUACAAGUCUGGUGUGAUUAUCUGAGCUGAAUGAAGAACUAUAAAUAAGAGCAUUUUAGUUUAAAAAAACUUUUUAU